AUGUACUCCCCUUUUCUGUCCCUUUUAAACCCCUUCCCCCCCACUCUCCUCCCUCUCCCUCUCCCUCGUUCUCGCAGGCCUCUCAUUGGGCAGCUUCCAGAAUUCGCCAAUCGCGAGCCUAAGCCCAUACCUGCGUCCGAGCCUGCGCCUCUAGGUCCGGCAACCGUCAGCCCGCUGCUUUGGAAGUGGAGGUGCCAGCUGGGAACGGUCUUUGGCCUCUCCAUCGGCCCCUUCCAGCCGCUCAUCGUUGCCGAGCCUGAUCUCUUCCACCAGAUCCUUAUAGCCAAAAACUCCUCCUUUCAGAAGAAUCAGAACGCCAGGCGGGUGGUGAGCUUCCUGGCGAACGGGCUGGUGUUCUCUGAUGGAGCCUUCUGGGCGCGGCAGCGCAAGAUGAUCAGCCCUGCCUUCAGCCCCUCGUACCUCAAGGUGAGUGCGGUUGCCCUGCCCCGCUCUGCUGCCCGUCUUACCUCAAGCACUGGAAGCACAGAGCGUUUCUUCUCAGGCCGCUUCCUCAUCCCUUUGUAUACGUGGCUACCCACCCAGGAGAACAGAGCGCUGCAGCAAGCAGGGGAGAAAGUAAAGCGGCUGUGUCUGGACCUCAUUGCGCGGCGGCGACAGGAACAAGCGGGCGCACCAAGGAGGGACCUCCUGGCAGUGAUGCUGGCAGCAAGGGAUGACGUCAGCAACGAGCAGAUGACUGACCAGCAGCUGGUGGACGAAUGCGUCACCUUCCUUGUGGCCGGUACAGUGCGCAACGAGCAGAUGACCAACCAGCAGCUGGUGGACGAGUGUGUCACGUUCCUUGUGGCCGGUACGGCGGUGCUGAAUGAUGGUGAUGGGUGCAGGUGGAGUGCACGUGGUGAUUGUGCUGCGGUGAUGUGGGAUGAAGUUCGCCCAUCGUUUUUCCACCCCUCCCUCCCUCCCAUUCCUUCAGGUCACGAGACAACAGCCAAGUUACUUACCUGGACUGUGUACCUGCUUGCACGCUAUCCUGAGUGGCAGCGGCGGGUGAGGGAGGAGGGCGACAGGAGGAGGGGGGGCGGAGGGAAGGUGACGUGGGAGCAAGUGGGGCGGUUGAGCGAGAUGCACAUGGUGCUGUUGGAAACACUCAGACUCUUCCCCCCAACCCCUGCCAUCACCCGCGAAGCAAGCAAGGACGUCUCCCUGGGCCCCUACUCUCUCCCCGCAGGCACACGCAUCACUAUGGCCAUCGCCCUAGUGCACAGCGACCCGCGCUUCUGGGGGAAGGACGCUCUAGAGUUCAACCCAGCACGCUUCAAAGAUGGGAUACAGGGAGCAUGCUCGCACCCACAGGCCUUUCUGCCAUUCUCAGCGGGCCCUCGGGAUUGCAUCGGCUCAAACUUUGCUCUCUCGGAGGCCAAGGUGGUUCUUGCACACAUGGUGAGUCGCCUAGAGUGGGAGCUCUCACCCACUUAUGUUCACUUGCCGACUAUGGGAAUCGCGCUUAGCCCUAAAUACGGGAUGCCGCUUCGGAUGCGGCUAGUUGAGUAG